GGAAAAACUCUUUUUUUUCUUCCAGUUUUCUUCGGAUACUUCUCCCGCGGUUGACGCCUCUAGUAGAGUCGGCGACGCAGUUGUUCCAGCGACUCUCGGCAUCAAAAGAUAUUUUCUUUCUGCCCUGGACCUUCUCGCUUUUUUCUUCCCCUCCCUUCUUUUGUCUUCCGUUUCUCUCCAUCACCUUCUCUCCCUUUCUGAGAGCUUCCUCGGUGUUGUCACAUUUCUCUCGAGGAAAGGACCUUUUCUUUUUUGACGCUCCAGAAGAGACUGGACAGCUCUCGUUCUGCCAGACGGGAGGACUGGCGCGCCGACUUCUUCAAAUACGCAACGUCUCUGGGCUCUAAACUCGGUGCAGUGGGAACAGAAAGACUGCAAAUCCCUCCUGGGAGACAACAUCGGCUGUACAGACACCGACUCCGACAGGUGUCGAUCGAAAAGAAGUCCUGUUUGCGUUUUCCUCGACCUGAGAAAUCCGUGGAGAACAAACUUUCUUUCCAUCUCCAGGGUCCUGAGUCCUUCAUUCUGCAACCUCUGUUCGAAGAACCUCCUACAGUUCCAGGUGUAUGUACACCUCGGAAUGUCUUCCGCACAGCGUGAGUGAGUGAUUUUUUUCUCUCUCUUUUCUCCUCUUUUCGGGGGAGAGACUUCGAUCUCGGUCUCCGUUUCCCGUUUGAAGACGAAUCGUCUCCUUCUUUAUUACUCGGUCUUCCUUUUAUUUCGCCACUUCGUAUCCCAGAAAAUGGACCCUUUCGCACUUUCUAAAAGAAACGUUUUCCUCCUGGGUGCAGCCUCAGGGGCAGUUCUAGGCACAGCGGCAACUCUGGGCACUCUCGCCUACCUCCACUUCAAACGAGGUCGCUCCUGUCCCUUCCAAACUGCUCUUAUCCGAUCGCUAACAAACCUACUCUCUCCUUCCUGUUCCUCUCCUUCUCCUUCUUGCUCUCCUUCUUCUCCCUCUCCUUCUCCUCCUUCUGCCUCUUCUUCUCCUCCUCCUCCCCCUGCGUCUCCUUCGUCUCCUCCUUCUGCUUCUUCUGCUUCUGAAUUUGAUGCGGCGGCUGCUGAGAGAGAAGACUGCCCAGGAGUUUCCAGUGCAGACGCUGGGAAGUCUGACGCAUGUGCAGGCUGUCCGAAUCGCUCGUUGUGUGCCGGCGGCGCGGCCGCGGAGGCGGCAGUUGCGCAGAAGUCGGCAGCGAACGAAGUUGCGGAUCGGUUGAGAAACGUCAAGAGGAAGGUCAUGGUUCUCUCGGGGAAGGGUGGAGUUGGGAAGUCGUCGAUUGCUUCGCAAAUCGCGUGGACCGCAGCGUCGCGAGGCCUGAGCGUUGGGAUUUGCGACGUCGAUGUCUGCGGUCCCUCCAUUCCUCUGAUGAUGCAAGCUGUCCACGGAGAAGUCCAUCAGUCCGCUGCCGGCUGGGAGCCUGUAUACGUUCGCGACAACCUCGCUGUGAUGUCCAUCGGUUUCCUUCUCCCGGACUCCGACGCGGCAGUCGUGUGGCGCGGCCCAAAGAAGAAUGGUUUGAUUCACCAGUUUUUUGCGGAUGUGCGUUGGGGUGAUCUCGACCUUCUUCUCGUCGAUACGCCUCCCGGAACGUCUGACGAACACCUUUCUUUAGUUUCUCUGCUCACCACGGACGGCGCGGUGAUUGUCACGACCCCGCAAGAAGCCGCCCUUCAGGACGUUCGGAAGGAAAUCAACUUUUGCAAGAAAGUCGGCGUCCCCGUUCUCGGCGUAGUGGAAAACAUGUCCUCUUCGGUCUUUGCGAGUGUUAAUCCUGACGGUGCCAAGGGCAUGUGCAAACAGAUGGAGGUUCCGUACUCAGGCUCUGUUCCUCUAGAUCCGUCGUUGUUGCGCGCAUGCGAAACAGGCGUAGCCUUGGUAGAGGAGUUUCCAGGGGCACCUGCGAGCGUUGCUGUCGAGAAACUCGUUGUGGAUCUCCUCACGCUUCUGGACUUGCCACUUCGUCGAGAAGAAGAAGAUUCUUUCGAGUGAAAACAGUAGACAGACCCCGGAAGCUUGUAUUCUGUUUUUGGUUUACACCUACUGCCGCGGUCAUGUAUAUACAUAUAUAGAUAUGUGUAUAGAUAUAUAGAUAGAUAAUUGUUUCUCUGUUAGCCGAAAGGAAAGGUGUUGAGACGGAGGGAUAUGUAUGCGGGAAGCAUGCAGUUGAAUUCUUCGUCUUUUGCACGCGCCGAUGCGGCAGGUGGAUUGAGGCAGCUGUUUUUCUUUUCGGGUCUGCGUGGUGGCGAUUUUUGGCGUAUUUCAUGCAGUGACAUUCACCCCCACGAGCGUCACGGCGAGAGAGAGAGAGUUUUUCAAAAGCCAGUGGUGUGCAGGGGUCGGGCAAGAACCGAGUUCAGUUCUCAGUUUUCCCAGAGAGAAGCAGGUGCGUUCAUUUCAGCGGCCGUUGUGAAAUGAGUUGUGCAGAAUGCCUGUGGAGAUACACGUUUUCCCUAGGCCGUUGCAUGCGUGCGCAGUUUUUGCGUUGGAACUGGAGGAAAAGCGUGUGCGAGCUAAGGAUAUUCCGCGUUCCUCGAGAGAGUUCUGAAAUAGCUUAGAAAAAAGGAAGACAAAACGGACAUGCAGAACUGCCACGAAGGGAAUCUGUCUCGU